AUGUGUCUUAAAACCAGUGUCACCCUCUUAAAUAUUCUUUUAAUUGGUUUCUAUUCUCAAGAUGAUGACACUUCAGAUCAAACUCUAACAACUUUUUCUCCUGAAGAUAUACUUUUGGUAACUGGCAAAUUUCAUUUUGUUGAAGACUUAAAUGACGAAGGAAAAAAAUUUCCUGUCUUAAAGAUUGUUUUGCACCACGUCAUUCAACUCGCUAUCGAUCCAACUGAUUUGCCUGCAUUUCCCCUAUUAAUCAACAUGACUGCCAUUGUAGUUGAACCCUCACAAAAUGAAUCUAAUCAUGAUGACAUUUCAUUAAUUGUAGAAACCAGAGACUUCAUAGACCAAGACCAUACUGUCCUUAAAUUAGAAUGUUAUCAUCUGAGAUCGGCACAACACCUUAUUUCCACUACAACCUCUACAAAAAAAGGAUCUACACUUUUUAUGAAUGGGAAACUCUUAAUUGAUGAUGACUACACUUUUAUUGUUCACCUCCAUGGUAUAAACUUUAUUGAACAUCAAAAAUCAAUCAAUGUAAGAAGUCCAACUAAUCUCCCGUGGCUAAGUGGAUCAAAUGAACCUCCAGCAAAUGAAUCAAGUGCUGAAAAAGCUGCAUGCACAAUUGCUUCAAGAGUAAAAAGUGGUAGGAGAAAGAAAGCAUCGACUACAAUAAGAUCAUAUCUUGGUCUAAAAAAUUGUCCCAAAAUAACUGAUCUUGCUAAAAAAGCACUAAAUCAAAAUCAAAGUGUUGAUGUUCCUGACCCCUCCACCCCUUAA